GACCGUUUACAAGCGGAAUAAACUGUUGACAAGGGCUUGUUGCAGUUGGAUUGCUCCACAUUUAGAGUUAGCGAAUCAGUAAAUAAUGCAAUGGAAGUCAUUAAAGGUAGUUUAGAUGAUAUUUCCCGACCUGCAUCGACUGAGCAAACUGGUAACAGAUUUUGUCCUGCUGCGCCAUUGGAGCUGCUUGUUUUGAGCAACGAUUCUGCUGAUGUACAGCAGAACGGCAGUGGAGAAAUGGAACAUCAUAAUAGAGCCACAGGACCUGGUAAAGGAGAUGAAAAUGAGGAUUCGAAACUGCAGAGAACCUUUGAGGAAAUGAGACGACUUGAUGAAAUUCUGUCAGCAGAAAUCUUCAAGGAAAAACAAAUUCGGUGUCAAAGAAAAGAACUCCAAGCCAAAAUGUGGCAAGAGCUCCAGAGAAAAACUGACAGAUACUCUGAAUGUGCUCAUGAAGCUUUGAACACAAAGCUGUUUUUGGCUUUGGAAGCCCACACUUGUACAAAAGAAGAGGACCAUUAUGAACCUCUGUUUGUGACCCAAGUUCCAGACUGUGAGCAUAAUGGGGACGACCAGGGCCUGCAGCAAAGAAGCAGUGCAAAUAAUGAGGGCCUCCGGUUUGUGGAGAGCAACAGCAAAACUUCCAAAACAAAAAACAAACAGAAGGACUUUGUCCAGAGGAACAUUGAGUUGGCAAGCAGUGAUGUGGGUCGAGUGCGCUUGACCCGUGCAGAGAAAGAGCAUCUAGCUGAACUGCUUCAAGAAAUAAACGAAGAGGAAGACAACAGCGCCAGCGGCACAGACAGUGAGGAGGCUGUGUGGGCUACGUCAGUCUCUGCAGGCCAGGGUUACACCCCAGAACCUUCUGAUCUGGAGCAUCUGAUGGAGAUUGAUGCUAAAAUUCGCCUCCUCCUUCCUGCUGAAGAACUCCACUCCCUGCUGAGCUCAAACACAGACCAAAACGUGUUCCAGGGCCUUGGCUCCAAGGUUGGUUGGAAGCAGGAUUGGGACCAGCAGCCAGGAGAGAAGGUCCUGCAGGAUAUAAAGGAGAGGAGAGAACUGGAGACACGGCUUCAAGAGAUCCAGCAGCAGCUGGAGAUCCUGGGUGUUGGCCAGGAGAAGACGAAUGAGUCAGCAGGCCUUACUGAGGAGCAGUUGCUUUGUCUGCUGGAUGAAUGUAGGAGGACAGAAAGUCGGAGCCAGGACAAUCCAAGGAACAAAACAGUGCCAACAGGACCUUAAAAACAUCCAUCUUGUCCAUGUGAAUUACUGCCACCAAAACACAUCACUUUGGUUUUGUUUUCCACAAUGAACCCAUUCAUAACUAUUGCAAAUAUUUACAGUGGUUGAUAAGCAUUUUUUUUAUUCUAAUGGUGUUCUUGGUUCCACACGUGGCUGAAUUGCAGUCCACCGCUACAAUUUAUGUUCUCAAGGAAACAGUUGCUAAGACACUCAUCAAGCUAAGUAUCAGUAAAUGACAAAUAACAUUGCUGCCAUUAACUCUAGUGAUUAGAAGCAGCUGCACACAAACUGGAUUAUGGCUAAUUUGAAGAACCACUUCCUGAACACAGUCAUGACACCUCUUGAGGUUUUUCAGUGUUCCUGUCCCAGGCCGUGUUAUAUCAGUGCUUAGCAACACUGGUAUCACAUUCACAGAAAGAUGUGACUUUACAAUCUGGGAUUUAUGUGCAAGUUUGAGGUUUCUGCUCCUGCACCAGCUGAUCACUGAAAAGGUUUCCUUUAGCUUAUUAUCAGAGUAUGAGGGGGAUAGUUAUGUAUAGAGUCUGUAUAGAGUCUUGUUUUCACAAUGAUCUGAUCACACUGAGGCUCUGAAACUGGAAGUUAGUUUUUUAUGACCUGCCCUCCUGCUAUUUAAUUGUAUAAUAAACUGUCUGAAACUUGUACUUGCUCUUCCUCCUUAUUCUUCUUCUUCUUAAUCAUUGCUUAACAUGAUACAAGAACUAUGCCUAGACAAUGUCAUAAGUAUAUUCAAUAUUAAA